AUGAACACCAAGCUGCAGAUCCUGUGUUUGAAAAAUUUUGAAGGCUGCAGCAAGGCCUUCUCACGGCUGGAGAACCUCAAGAUCCACCUGAGGAGCCACACGGGCGAGAAGCCAUACCUGUGCCAGCACCCGGGUUGCCAGAAGGCCUUCAGCAACUCCAGCGACCGCGCCAAGCACCAGCGCACCCACCUAGACACGAAGCCGUACGCCUGUCAGAUCCCUGGCUGCUCCAAGCGCUACACAGACCCCAGCUCCCUCCGCAAGCACGUCAAGGCCCAUUCAGCCAAAGAGCAGCAGGUGCGUAAGAAGCUGCACGCAGGCCCUGACACCGAGGCCGACGUCCUGACCGAGUGUCUGGCCCUGCAGCAGCUCCACGCAUCCACACAGCUGGCUGCCAGCGACGGCAAGGGUGGCUGUGGCCUGGGCCAGGAGCUGCUCCCAGGUGUGUAUCCUGGCUCCAUCACCCCCCAUAACGGACUCGCAUCGGGCCUUCUGCCCCCAGCGCACGAUGUACCUUCCAGGCACCACCCGCUGGAUGCCACCACCAGUUCCCACCACCAUCUGUCCCCUCUGCCCAUGGCUGAGAGCACCCGGGAUGGGUUGGGGCCCGGCCUCCUCUCACCAAUAGUCAGCCCCCUGAAGGGGCUCGGGCCACCGCCGCUGCCCCCAUCCUCUCAGAGCCAUUCUCCGAGGGGCCAACCCUUCUCCACACUCCCCAGCAAGCCGUCCUACCCACCCUUCCAGAGCCCUCCACCCCCGCCUCUGCCCAGCCCGCAAGGUUACCAGGGCAGUUUCCACUCCAUCCAGAGUUUCUUCCCCUACGGCGACUGCUACCGGAUGGCCGAACCAGCAGCUGGUGGGGACGGACUGGUCGGGGAGACCCACGGUUUCAACCCCCUGCGGCCCAAUGGCUACCACAGCCUCAGCACACCCUUGCCUGCCACAGGCUAUGAGGCCCUGGCUGAGGCCUCAUGCCCCACAGCGCUGCCACAGCAGCCAUCUGAAGAUGUGGUGUCCAGCGGCCCCGAGGACUGUGGCUUCUUCCCCAAUGGAGGCUUUGACCACUGCCUGGGCCACAUCCCCUCCAUCUACACAGACACCUGAAGGAGCCCCCACCAUGCGCCUGCCCGUCCAGCACUGCAGAUGCCACCUUGCCCACCUGCUGUUGCUCCCACCCUCCGUGUACCUAGUGGGAGUGCCAGGCCACAGCCGGAAUAGCCAGGCCAUGACCCAGGGGAGCCAGUGCUGCCACACCACCCAGCGCUGCCAGGGAGCCACCAUCCGAGCCUGCACUGGGCGCACAGAGGUGCUCGCCAGGAUCCGUGGCCCUGUAAUAUUCCUUCGCUCGUGUCUUCCCGUUCCUCCCCACAGUGGUUUUGAAAUCACAGACCUCGUGUAUAUAAAACAUGCAGAACUUGUUUUCCGUUCCCCUGCCAGUUUUAUAUUUUUGGUUUUACAAGAAAAACAUUAAAAACUGGAAAGGAGA